UUUCACACCGCGCUGGAAAAAUGCCGGUUAUGAAAGGACUACUGGCUCCCCAGAACACCUUCCUCGACACCAUCGCCACCCGUUUUGAUGGAACACAUAGCAACUUCAUCCUCGCGAAUGCCCAGGUGGCGAAGGGGUUCCCCAUCGUCUACUGUUCUGAUGGCUUCUGCGAGCUUGCUGGGUUUGCCCGAACCGAAGUUAUGCAGAAGAGUUGCAGCUGCAAAUUCUUAUUUGGGGUUGAAACCAGUGAGCAACUGAUGCUUCAGAUAGAAAAGUCACUGGAGGAAAAAACAGAAUUCAAAGGAGAAAUUAUGUUCUACAAGAAGAACGGGUCUCCGUUUUGGUGCCUAUUGGAUAUUGUUCCUAUAAAGAAUGAAAAAGGAGAUGUGGUACUUUUUCUGGCCUCAUUCAAAGAUAUAACAGAUACGAAAGUGAAGAUUACUCCAGAAGAUAAAAAAGAAGACAAAGUCAAAGGAAGAUCAAGAGCGGGGACCCACUUUGACUCAGCCCGGAGACGGAGCCGAGCAGUCCUUUAUCACAUCUCUGGGCACCUGCAAAGAAGAGAAAAGAACAAAUUGAAAAUAAAUAAUAAUGUUUUUGUAGAUAAACCAGCAUUUCCGGAGUAUAAAGUUUCUGAUGCAAAAAAGUCCAAAUUCAUACUUUUGCAUUUUAGCACUUUUAAAGCUGGCUGGGACUGGCUUAUUCUAUUGGCGACGUUUUAUGUUGCCGUGACCGUACCUUACAACGUUUGCUUUAUUGGCAACGAUGACCUGUCCACAACGCGGAGCACCACAGUCAGUGACAUUGCGGUGGAGAUUCUUUUUAUCAUAGAUAUUAUUUUAAAUUUCCGCACAACGUAUGUCAGCAAGUCUGGCCAAGUUAUCUUUGAAGCAAGAUCAAUUUGCAUCCACUAUGUCACCACCUGGUUCAUCAUUGAUUUAAUCGCUGCCCUGCCUUUUGAUCUCCUGUAUGCUUUCAAUGUCACAGUGGUGUCCCUCGUGCAUCUCCUGAAGACAGUCCGGCUGCUGCGUCUUUUGCGUCUCCUGCAGAAAUUGGACCGUUAUUCCCAACAUAGCACAAUCGUCCUGACUCUGCUCAUGUCCAUGUUUGCGCUCCUUGCACACUGGAUGGCAUGUAUCUGGUAUGUCAUUGGAAAAAUGGAGAGGGAAGACAACAGCCUUCUGAAGUGGGAAGUUGGCUGGCUCCAUGAACUGGGCAAGAGACUGGAAUCGCCAUACUAUGGCAACAAUACCUUGGGAGGCCCGUCCAUCCGAAGUGCCUAUAUUGCCGCUCUGUACUUCACCCUCAGCAGCCUCACCAGCGUUGGGUUUGGGAAUGUGUCUGCUAAUACAGAUGCAGAAAAGAUCUUCUCCAUCUGCACCAUGCUGAUUGGUGCCCUGAUGCAUGCCUUGGUGUUUGGAAAUGUGACAGCAAUCAUACAGAGGAUGUACUCCAGAUGGUCCCUCUAUCACACUAGAACUAAGGACCUAAAGGAUUUCAUACGUGUCCAUCACCUGCCCCAGCAACUCAAGCAGAGGAUGCUCGAAUAUUUCCAAACAACCUGGUCAGUCAACAAUGGAAUAGAUUCAAAUGAGCUUUUGAAAGACUUUCCAGAUGAGCUGCGCUCUGACAUCACGAUGCACUUGAACAAGGAGAUCUUACAGUUGUCGCUGUUUGAGUGUGCCAGCCGGGGCUGCCUCAGGUCUCUGUCUCUGCACAUCAAAACCUCUUUCUGUGCUCCAGGGGAGUAUCUGCUGCGACACGGGGAUGCUUUGCAAGCCAUCUACUUUGUAUGCUCGGGCUCCAUGGAAGUUCUUAAAGACAGCACAGUGCUGGCUAUUCUUGGGAAAGGGGAUUUAAUUGGAGCAAAUCUAUCAAUUAAGGACCAAGUGAUCAAGACCAACGCAGAUGUGAAGGCUUUAACCUACUGUGAUCUGCAGUGCAUCAUCCUCAAAGGACUCUUUGAAGUGCUGGACCUUUACCCGGAAUAUGCUCACAAAUUCGUGGAAGACAUUCAGCAUGACCUCACAUACAACCUUCGAGAAGGUCAUGAGAGUGAUGUGAUAACAAGAUUAUCGAACAAAGCUAUGGUCUCACAGUCAGAACCCAAGGGAAACGGAAGCAUCAAGAAAAAACUCCCGUCCAUUGUGGAAGAUGAGGAAGAGGACGACGAAGGGGAGGAUGAGGAGACGGCCUCCUUCUCCCCCAUCUGCACACGCGGAUCCUCGUCUUCGCGCAGCAAGAAGGGUGGCAGCAGUAAGAGCUAUCUAGGCUUAAGCUUGAGGCAGCUGGCCUCGGGGACAGUGCCAUUCCACUCCCCUAUCAGAGUAUCCAGCUCAAACUCCCCAAAAAACAAACAGGAAAUUGACCCCCCUAACCAUAGUAAAAAGAAAGAGAAGAACUUGAAGUUGCAACUUUCAGCUUUGAAUAGCACUGCACCCCCUGACCUCAGUCCCAGGAUUGUUGAUGGAAUUGAAGAUGGAAACAGCAGUGAAGAAAGCCAGACUUUUGACUUUGGCCCAGAACGAAUCAGACCAGAGUCCAGAGUUUCUCCUCCUCUGGGAGACCCAGAGAUUGGAACUGCUGUCCUUUUCAUCAAAGCUGAGGAGACCAAGCAGCAGAUAAACAAACUCAACAACGAGGUAACAACAUUGACUCAGGAGGUCUCCCAGUUGGGUAAAGACAUGAGGAAUGUGAUGCAACUUCUAGAAAAUGUUCUGUCACCCCAGCAGCCCUCACCAUUUUGCUCUCUGCACAACAGCUCUGUGUGUCUCCCCCGGGACAGCUUACAGACCAGAAUGACCUGGAGCACACACCAACCUUGCCUACACUUGCAAGCAGCUGGAGCUGCUUAUACCCAAGCACAACUUUGUCAUGGUAAUGUCACCUCAGACAUUUGGAGUGUGGAUCCCUCCUCUGUGGGGAGCAGCCCCCAACGAACUGGAGCUCAUGAGCAAAACCCUGCAGACAGUGAACUUUGUCAUUCUCCAAACCUCGGCUAUUCACCUGCUCACUGCCAGGUUGUCCAAGAAGGUCAUGUGCAAUUUUUAAGAUGCAUCUCUCCACAUUCAGACAUGACGCUAACGCCUCUGCAGUCCAUUUCAGCCACUCUCUCAUCCUCUGUCUGCUCCUCCUCAGAAACAUCUUUGCACCUGGUUCUCCCAAGCAGGUCAGAGGAGGGCAGCUGCAGCCGGGGAGGCACCAGUUCCCUCAGUCUGGAAAACUUGCCAGGAUCUUGGGACCGGGAAGGAAUGGCAACAAUCUCUACUGAACCCUUGGAGAACUUUCCACUGGAAGUGGUCACAAGCACAGCAGAAGUGAAAGAUAAUAAAGCCAUAAAUGUAUGAUAUUAGUGCCCACGAGGCAGCUGCCAGUUGCAAACCAACCAGCGCAUGACAGCUUUAGUUUUCCUUCUUUGCUUCUGGCAGACAUGAAGACUGGGCAGGUUUGGGGGUCCUGCAGAAGAGUGUGAGGUGUCAGGGCAAGGCAGAACCACCGCCAUACUGUAGCAAACGCUUUCUAGGUCCUAGAAACAUUUUCCUGUACAGGUAUUAACUUACUGGUCUGUUUGACAGACUUUUAAAAAGUCCAGAGACCCUGAGGGUCUGAGCAGCUAGAAGUCCCAGACAAAGAAUUUGUGGAUUUAUUUUGUCCCAGGUGGCUUUUGUGAAGUGCAGCUCAGGUUUUUCCUGAGUGCCUGUGGGUCAUUCCUGAACAAUUUCCAUAGCACUGUUGGCCUUGGGAGUGCACAGCUCCUGCUGAUCUAUUUUUCUUUUUGUGAAGGCAAAGGGACAAUUAUCACUGCAUGUCAUCUCCUAGACAAUCAGUCAAAUAGAGCUGGUGGCCAAUGGUUAGCUACUGCACGUUCUUUGCCAUGUAAAUGAAUAUGUAUUUAUCACACACAAAAAAGA